AUGAAGCUCGUUAGGUUCUUGAUGAAAUGCGCGAACGAGACAGUGACAAUUGAACUCAAGAAUGGAACCAUCAUUCACGGGACCAUCACAUCAGUCUCCCCGCAAAUGAAUACAGCUUUACGCACAGUCAAGAUGACACAGCGCGGUCGUGACCCGAUUUCGCUGGAUACCAUCAAUCUUCGAGGUUCGACUAUCAGAUACUACAUUCUCCCUGAUUCGCUUCCGUUGGAUACGCUCUUGAUCGACGAUGCGCCAAAGCCAAAGAACAAGGCCAGGAAGGAGGUUGCAGACAGAGGUGGAGUGAGAGGUGGCAGGGGACGUGGCGGACCCAGAGGACGAGGAGGAUUCAGAGGUGGUGGAGGUGGAGGUGGUGGAGGCGGCCGUGGACGUGGUGGUGGAAGAGGCUUCUAA